UAGCACUUGGCUGUUGAGACGAAAACAGUGACUGCUCAUUCCGGCAGCAGCGGCCAUGUCGACGCCUAACUGUCAGUGAUCACGUGUUCACACUUCGACUUGCUGAAGUUUGAGAAAAGUUUGAGAAGCCUGAAGAUCUGAGAGCGAAGGAGCUGCAGAGAUAAGAGACAUCAUCGAUACACAUAGUCCUUUAUCUGCAAACACACGAUGGAAACCGUUGCCCAGAAAGUGAUGUCUUCGGGGUUCUCUCUAGAUCUGGGACCUUUGAAAGAGCCUUUGGCAUUUAUUCGUUUGCUACAAUGGGUGUUUGCCAUAUUUGCCUUUGCCACGACUGGAGGGUACAGCGGCUCAUCCAGUAUCAACGUCCAGUGCAAAGGGAGUGUCAUUCAAGAAAUAGAGGCAGACUUUAACUACCCAUUCAGGUUGAUGCAGCAUCCGUAUUAUGUCCCUGACUGCAAAAUCAACCAAACUACCACCACUCCGUACUUCCUGACAGGAGACCACACAUCCUCUGCACAGUUUUACGUCUGCAUUGGAGUGUUGGCAUUUCUCUACACCACAGCCACACUCGUCCUCUACUUGGGCUUCCAGCACGUGUAUAGAGAAUCUGGUCGUGGCCCCACUGUGGACCUGUUGGUGACUGCAGCCUUUGCCUUUUUGUGGUUGGCAUCAACUUCUGCUUGGGCUAAAGGCUUGUCCGAUGUGAAGUGGGCCACUAGUCCUAUUAACAUUGUGACCUUAUCUGAUGUUUGCAUUGGUGCUGGAAAUAAAUGUACCCCAGGCGCUACGCCUCACAUGGGCCGACUAAACGCCUCUGUGAUUUUUGGUUUUCUUAACCUAAUCCUGUGGUGUGGCAGCUGCUGGUUCAUUUUCAAGGAAACACCUUUCCACAAAUCAGCCAACCAGCCUGCGGAUGUGGAGGGGGGAGUCAGCCCAUCAUAACUGCACAGCUUACUCAUUUCAAAAUUGUCUAAAAUGUAGGAUUAUUGAAGAACUCAUUUUGGUACUAAUUGAUGAGACAUUAUUUCCAAACAUUUUGUAUUAACUGUCUGUUAAAGGCUUUUUUAAAUAAAACACAUUAAAAAAAACAGUAACUUGAAUUGUCCAAAGAUAAACCAAUAUAGCAAAUUGUAAAAGUCAACAUGUUAUUCUUAGUUUGCUUGUUUUAACAUAAUUAUACCCAGGUUUCCACAGCAAAGGGCCUCUUUUUAAAUGGAGCUGUAGCUGUAAAUUGUGCCGCCUUGUGAUAAAUCCUAAUGUAGCAUCACUUUGCCAAACUUCGAUCCAUAGAUCACUUCUGCCAUAAGCAUUUUUACAAAGAAACUCAGGGCUGUUGAGUGUUUGAAGUACAAAAUAGCUAUUAAUAUUAAAUACUUGAAGUGAAUUUAUUAUUAUAAGUCUGGCCAAAAGCUAGUUUUAGUCCACUCCUAAAAAUCCAGUUGCCAUUAUUAGAUUAUUUCUAAUUGGUGAAAGCAAAUUGUUUGUGUUAUGUUGCAUGCACUUCAUCACCUCACUAAGAAAAUGAAGAAAAUGUCUGUGUUUUAGAAUAAUAUGUUCGAUAUAAAGGAUAUAUCCGUUAAAACAUUAAACAUUAAAUUUGCAUUUACUAAAAUUAUUUUUCAAUCUUUUGCCUCAAUGUUUAUUAUGUUCCAUUUUAUAAAUUACUCAAGCAAAGUCCUAACUUAUUUCAAAGCCAAUGUACCAUAAAGUGAGCAGCGUUAGCUAGCGUUUAGAAACAAUUUAAUAAUCUCUAACAUGUUACAAUUAACAGUUUUUAUUGCUUUUGCUUUCUACCUCCACUAUGUUAUAAGAUGAGCUUUCUUUUGUAUUUCCUAAUUUGAUAUAGCCUAGAUGAGACUGGAGAUGUGUUACUUCAGGGAAAUACUGUGUGGACAUGAAAUGCCAUGCAUCAUUAAAAGUAAGAACUGCA